UCUUCCCUGUUUCAUAUCAUCGAUUUGGUUCUCUUUCCUCUCCUAAUUCAAUAAAGAGAGAGAGGGAGAGCCGCCUCCGAUUGAUCAAUAGUCGUCCGCUCACAAUGGCCAGGCUCCUCUCCUCCGCCCUGCUCCUCGCCGCCCUCGCCGCCUCCGCCGCGGCCGCUUCCCCCCGCCGCAUCGCCACCCAGGUCGCCUCCGCCUGCGAGUUCGUCACCGUGCCGCAGCUCUGCACCAGCAUCGCCUUCAAGUCCGGCGCCACCACCCUGGGCGAGCUCACUAAGGCCGCCAUCGACGAGUCCCUGUCCAGCACGCAGUCGGCGCGCAGCGUCACGCAGAAGGCCCUGGGCGCGCACAGCGGCGACGAGCGGCUGCGGAAGAACCUGGCGGUGUGCGACGAGGCGUUCGCAAACGCGGUGGCGAGCCUGCAGGAGGCCCAGCAGAAGCAGGGGGCGGCGAUCAGCGACGGGAAGGCGCACACCGAGGUGACCGGCGCCAUCUCCACCGCACUGGUCUACGUCGGAAGUUGCAACGACGCAUUCAGCGAGAACCCGGGACUGGUGUCGCCGGUGGCGGACGCCACCAGCAUCGUCAAGAAGUUGACCAGCAAUUGUCUCUCGUUGGCCGUGGCGUUCCAGGUCAAGAACGGCGCAUAUUAAUUGAUCAAGGAACUCCAUGAGGAGUAUGGAAGGAGA